UGUCAACUCGUUUUAACGUUGUCUGAUAGCUUAAUAACUAACUUUGUCAACAUCGUUUUGCAAAUAUUUCAACAAUUGUAUUCAAGAAAACGUGUUGAUAACUGUGGUUUAUCUUUUCUAUACGUCUUGGAAGGCAAACUACCUGAAAAGCCACAAAUUGGAUUAAGGAAAUCCGACCGUGAUAGUUAGCCAGCUCGUUAGCAUCUUUGAGGGGUCUCUUUUCACACUCUGUCCUCGCUAUCACAUUGGCUGUUUGCACCCGAUAUCAGGUUUAAGUAACUUAUCCCCAAUAAUCGCUUUUGUUAACUAAACGUAUUGCAUGUUUCGCCGUUUUUCGCAAAGGUCGGAUACAGUAGUAACAGUGAGUAGCCCAGCUAGCUAGCGUAGUUAUCAUGGAGAACCAUUGGAAUAAUCUUCAGUCCAGUGGACGAGACAAACAGCGAAAGAAGGGAUUCACCGCCGGACAAGUGGGAGCGUCUGGAUGCGACGAUGGAGAACGUAAACC